AGCUGCCUUUGGCUGCACUGCUGACUUUUGUAAUUUUGUGUUAGUAGUUGUUAUAGUGCCAGUUUUCCUGUGUGUAUACCAAAUUUUAUUUAUAUAAGUGUCCUAGUUUUUGUAUUCUAUGAGGUUAAACAGAAAGUUUAGCUUUAUGCUUAUUAUUUGAGUACAAUUUACGGUUGAUUUUAACGAUAUGCCGGAGUUAUCAGAGAAUGUGAGCGAGGUCUCAGCUGACAACUCCCUACAGAGUAUCCCGGUUCCUCCAUCGCCGAGCCCUUCAACUACAAUCAAAUCUUCUAAUGAGAUUCUGUGUGAAUUGUUUGGCGCCUUCAACGCCACACCUCCUCCCUUGGAUGACAUCGUAUCUCAGAGCGUGUCUGCAGAAAAAAUCCAAAAGAAACAUAAAAAGCGUAGCAAGAAAAAACAUAAGAAAUUAAAAAAGAAACGCUCUUCAAGUUCAGAAUCAAAAACCAGCCGGGAGUCGAAGAAGAAGAGUAAAAAACAAAAAAAAGAGUCGAAAAAGAGUACCUCGGAUUCUGAAUCGUUUGAAAUCAGGAAAAAAAAAAAGAGAAAAUUAGGAAAAUUCAGUGAAGAUUCGGACAGUGAAGAUGAACCAAAACCUAAGAAGAAGAAGAAAAAUGAUAAAGAGAAAAAACAUAAGAGUGAGAAAGUGAAAAUUAAACAGGAAAAGGAGGAACAUAGUUCCAGUAAGAAAAAUGUGGACCCUUUGAUCACGACAGUGCACGGUUCAAUUCAAGAAGAUAUUUUGAAGUAUGCUGUUAGUAAAAUUGUAGACAAAGUUAUUGACAGUACAAACCUGGCUUCAGAAAUUUUCUGUAAGAGCAUUGCAAAUGUUCAGGCUGCUAAAAAUCUGGAUGUUGAAUGUGCAAAAGUUCUUUCUAAACCGAUAAAACAGGAGCCAGGACUAGUUAGCCAUGUGUCUCCAACAGUGGUGGUUGAGAAAGCUAAAGAAACACCACCCACAGACCUCGCUAAACACUCUGAAGUAAGUCAUAUUGUGAAGUCUAUUCCUGUGGCAGACGUCUUUGCAGAAGACCUUAUAGACUGUGGAAUAAAGAAGGAUGAGCUUAAAUCUCAACCAGAUAAAACCAGCGGCAAGAUAACCAUACCGAACCUAAAGUUCAGCCAGGUUUACCAGGCCACUGUACAAAAGAUCGAGGAGGAGGCCAAACUGAAGGCAGAGAAGUAUGAGGAAGGGGAGUUAUCGGAGACCAGCAGUGACCAAGAAAGGAGUCCCACACCCUCCAGUCACGGAUCACUAAAGGAAGAAAAAGAAGAAAAAAAGGGACAGAGAGAGGCGACAUCACCACCACCAUCGAAGAGACAAACAUCGACAUCACGAGAGACAUCGAGAGAGGAGGAGAGACAGCAUGUUCUAAGAAAAUGUGGCUUAUCUAGGAGUAGAGAGAAAAGCCAUGGGUCACACUCUGACUCAAAAUAUAGACGUAGAGACAAACACAGCAGAGAGAAGGAGCGAAUUAGACAUCGUAGCGACAGUGACAGCAGAGAGAGAGAAAGAAUCAGACACCGCAGCGAUAGUGGCAGCAGAGAUAGAGAACGGACCAGAUACCGCAGCGACAGUGGUAGCAGAGAGAGAGAACGUACCAGACAUCGCAGUAACAGUAGUAGCAGAGAGAGAGAACGUACCAGGCACAGGCCAAGAUCAAAGUCCAGGGAUAGGACCAAACGCCCUUCUGAGGACAAAAUUGACAAACAGAAGCUGCUCGAGAUAGCCCGCAGGAACGCUCUCAAUAUGAUGAAGAACCCAUCGGGAGCUGCUGACCAGACCAAAGUGGCAAUCACAUCGGGUGGAAAGACUGUCAAUGAACUCACAGAUUUCUGCAAGCUACUAUCCAAGAAGGAUGCUGAUGGCCAUGAGUCUAUUAGCUCCAACACUUCACACUCAAGCGACAGUGAGUCGGAGAAACCGUUUCAUCAUCCCUUUCAGAUCAGGGACCGACCUAACAGCAUAGUGAUGAACAUCCGGAACUCAGUUGCUCUACCAGUUAAGUCUCACCAGGAGAAGACAGCAGAACAAUCAAGACAGCUGAGGCUACAGUUUCCUGUGUCAAGCGGUCAACACCACCGCAAGACUGAAAGUGAGUGGAUUCCAGUAUCGCCCAAGAAGGCAGAGGUAAUACCCAGUACCCAAGUGGCUGUGAUCAAACCUACCACCAAGCCUGCCAGAGUCUUCAGGGACGCCCCAGACCCUCCGAAUAUGGACAUCAGCUCAAUAGUAUCCCAGCGACUCAUGGCCAUGCGCAGACUCCAGGAGAACCCAACAGACCCUGAGGCCCUGACGCAGAUGUACGCAGCUCAGCAGAAUAUGCAGUCAUGGGCCGAGUCUAAGCAGCUGCCUCCUGGACAGUUUACUGGUAGUACGGGAGUCAAAGUGUUGUCUCAGGCCGAACUGGCGUCAGGAUACCAAGCUUGGGCUCGAAGGGAUCAAUUGCAAGUAGCUGCCCCGGUCAAUAGUGGCAUGGGCAUGGCCCUGCUGCAGAAGAUGGGCUGGCGGCCCGGUGAGGGGCUGGGCAAAAACAAGGAAGGCACUCUGCAGCCCCUUCUCCUGGAGGUCAAGAUGGAUAAGAAAGGGUUAGUGGCCCAAGAAGAGUUGCCCUCGAGACAGCCACACCAGAUCGUGAGAGGUCCUCCUAGGAGUCUGGAAGGCAAGCAUCCUGUGUCUCUCCUGAACGAGUAUUGCUCGCGACGCAAGUAUGGACCUCCAAUAUUCGAGUUGGUCGAUGAAGCUGGACCUGACCACAAGAAAAACUUCCUCUUCAAGGUUAAAGUGAAUGGUGUGGAGUACAAGCCAGCUGUAGGAAGUCCUAAGAAGAAGCAAGCUAGGGCCGAAGCUGCAGAGGUCUGCUUGAAAACAUUAGGCAUUCUUCCCAGCAAAUAACUUCCCAUUGUUUUGUUGUAAAUAUUAUCUGUACAUACUGUAUAUAUGAUUAGUAAAGUUAUUUUCAUAGUA